GACGGAAGACACAGCAAAGAAGUCGCAUUUUGUCUUCGAGUCACAAAACAAGAAUAUGAAGAACAAAAACAAUUUGGAACACAAAGAUUUCUGGAGGAUCUUCUUGAUAGCAUUGUUCGCGAUGAGAAAAUAAAUGAAAAGGAACGCAAGAAAAAACUAAAACAGGUUCGUGGUACUUACACAGUUGUUUCUGUCGUACGAGACUAUUGUAUUAGUGCACUUGAAUGACCAGAGCAGUGGCAUCGACCCGGGAGGGAAAGAAUUAGGGGUGGGGCCACCCAUGCCAUAAAUAAAUUUGCCCGAACUUUUGCAUUUUGCCCAACUUAUAAAAACAAAUUCGUUAUAAAAUCCCCAUAAUCUUGUCGACGGGGGAGGAAUUUUCGAAUGGGGUUCAAAUUUUUGCAAACCUGACAUAUUUCUUUCCUUUUUGACUAUUAUCUGAAAUAUUUGUUGCCUUUAUGGUUUGCUUACUUUAUAAUUGUAUAAUUUGCCAACUUACGUUACUUUAUAAUUUGCCAAACUUCAAUUUUUCUGGGGCAGAGGGCUGCAGCCCACUUGCCACCCUCCCCGCGCCUAGUACGCUUGUGUGUAUGCUUGAACUCGGCAGUCUACAAUUUAUCAGAUGCCACCACUUGGUAAAUUUGCAGAUUAAUUUUGGAGAGGUCGCGCCGAAAAUGUAUUAUUUUAAAACAGCGCUGAAAUAAGAUAAGAUUAAGUGGCCUAGGCCAGAGCUAGGUCUGCAUUGGCUGUUGAUAACCAAACUGGUAUGUCUGUUAGGUUAUUGGAAUGGCAAACAUCCAAUACUAUUUUGAGAUUAAACUGUUAGCUGUUCGAAGUACGGCAAUUUGUGCAUAAAAACUGAAGCAUGAAUUGACUAUUGCUGUCGAAACCUUGUGGAACUUACCUGUUGAAAUAUGAUUUCAAGUUUGUUCUCUCUAAUCAUCUCUCUUACACUGCUGACGUUCACCGCGAAAUAUCUUCUUUCAGUUUCAGAAGACGUAUCCGGAAAUCUACUUCAGUCGCUACCCACCAGAUGGUCUGUCAGUGAUGUCUCAACAACCUACAAAAUUACGUCGUGUCAUGAAACCACUCACUCGAUGA